CUCCACAUGUUAACCCCUUCCUGCCCAGUGCCAUUAGUAGUGUCAGUGCUUUUUAUUAGCACUGAUCACUGCAUUGGUGUCACUGGGGAUGUCAGUGACACCAAGUCAAUUCCCCCCAGUGUCAGAAUGCCCGCCGCAGACCCCCAGUCAUGCUAUAAGUCGCUGAUCACCACCAUUACUAGAAAAAAAAAUUAUAUCAUUGUAUAUAUACCACCAUUUGUAAACAAUACAACUUUCACGUAAACCAAUUCAUUUACACGUAUUUUUUUAGCAAAGACAUCAUGUAGCAGAAUACA